AAACAGCUACUGCAUGUUCACAUUUCACUAUCAUACAAGCACAGCCUUAGAUUUUCUCCAAUGUCCCUAUAAAAACCCAAACUUAGUUUCUUCUAUAUAAUAUAUAAUAAAUUCAUAUAAGGAAAAAUAUAUCUGAAAUUAAUUAUAUAUGGCAUUCUUUUUGGGAGAUAAAUUAAUGUCACCAUUUUUUUCUUGUGUGGUUCUAUGUUGUUUGGCGGUGUUGUUUUCGUGCAGUAGUAAUGUAUCGAAAGCUGAUCAAACGGUUGUACCGGCAAUGUACGUGUUUGGAGAUUCACUAGUAGAUGUUGGCAACAACAACUACUUGCCACUUUCUGUUAUCAAAGCUGACUUUCCGUACAACGGUAUUGACUUUCCCGGUCACAAGCCCACAGGCAGAUUCUCCAACGGCAAAAAUGCAGCUGACAUAAUUGCGGAGAAAUUGGGGGUAACAACGCCGCCGCCGUAUCUAUCCAAACCAAACAAUGUUUUUCUCAAAGGUGUAAGCUUUGCCUCAGGCGGAGCUGGAAUCUUUAACACCACGGGCGAGAGCCUCAUUAAACACACGAUCCCGAUGGCUCACCAAGUGGGCCAUUUCUCAAGUGUUCGUCAGAUUCUAGUGAAAGCAAUGGGGUCGUCAAAUGCUGUGCAGGAGCACUUCUCGAAAUCAUUCUUUCCCAUCGUAAUUGGAAGCAAUGACAUUAUUAACUAUUUCACGACGGGCUCCGACCUGUCCGAGAAAAACUCCCCUCAGCAACAUGUUACUCUAAUGGUUUCCACCCUCAAAGAACUGCUCAAGGGAAUAUACGGUCUAGGAGGAAGGAAAUUUUUGGUAAUUGGAGUAGCACCAAUAGGAUGCGCGCCCAAGCAAAGAUAUAAGAACACGACCAAUGAAUGCAACAACCAAGUAAACUACUGGUCGAAAAAGUACAACGAAGAGCUCACACAGAUGUUGCCUGCUCUGAAAUCAGAGCUCAAAGAUUUCCACUACACUUACUUCGAUGUGUAUCGUGUAUUCGUCAACUUCAUCGAAAGUCCAGCAGCUUACGGUUUCAGUGAGACGAAAGCUGCUUGCUGCGGACUGGGAAGACUGAGGGCAAAGAUUCCCUGCACGCCUCUUUCUCAGUAUUGUUCGAACAGAAGUGCUCAUCUUUUCUGGGACAUUUACCAUCCCACUGAAGCGGCUGCUCGAAUUUUCAUCGAUAUGCUUUUUGCUGGCUCGCCAGAUUAUGUAUCCCCGAUAACCCUCAAGCAGCUAAUUGCUGUAUAAAACCUAUCACGAUCCAUGAGUGAGGAUUAUGAAUUUUCCCUUCGAUUCUUGGAUUAGUAGUUAGUUUUCUGCAUUUGCUUUGUGUGUAUAUGCAAAGAAUGUUUAUUUAUUUUCAAUACAAUAUGGAAGCAGCAAAUUCUGA